UUGCCAAUAAUUGACUGUUUUCUGAUUUUUACUUUUUUGAAAAUAUUAUUUAAAUAAACAAAUAUUAAAUAUAAUUGUAUUAAUUUAUGUGAUAAAAAUUAUACAUUUUCACAAUUUUUAAAAACUUAAAAAGUAUAAGAAAUCAAUUUAAUUAUCGCGUCUAAAAUGGAGCUUUUUGGUAAUAAGCAAGAAAGUAUCCGAAAAGCUCACCUAAAAAGCUUGGAGGAAGACAAGUUUCUUAGAUGCAAAGUUAACAUGGAAGAGAAAACGAGGUUUGGGAAUCUCAACAGAUUUAUGAAUAAGCAACACAUAGAAUUUGAAGAUCAGCAAGAAAUACAAAAAGGGAAUGAAAAAGCUGCACUCAAUGAGUAUCAGCAUGAGCAAGAGAAUAAUUUAGCUCGAGAAUUGGCAGAAGUUAAAGUAAAUGAUAUUAGGCAGCUUAAAUUACGACAACAGCUUAGAGAAAAUUCCCACGAAUUAAGGGAAUUAGAGAGAAAAUUAAAAGCAGCAUACAUCAAUAAGGAACUAGCAGCCCAAAUAGCUCAAAAAGAAGCUGAGAGAAUAAAUGAAAAGAUUCAAGAAAAAAGGACUCACAACAUAUGGGUGGAAGCUCUAAUGAAGGAAGAAGAGUUAAAAAGAAUGUUGGCAGAAGAAGAUAUAAUAAAAAAAGCACAAUACAAGCAAGAACUUCAAGAGCAAAUAAUAUUAGGCGAAAAAUCAAAAAGAUUUUUAUAUGAAGAAUUUUUGAGAGAAAAGAAAAUGAUUGAUGAUGUCAUCCAAAGGAUACAUGAUGAAGAUGAAAGAGAAAUGCAAGAAAGGAUGUGCAGAAUGCAAAAGACCCGUGAAGAAAUGAUGGAUUUCAAGGCCGCACAAGAUGAGUGGAAACAGAGACGAAAACGAGAAAUCGAAGAUGAAAAUAGAAAGAUUCAAGAAUUUUUGCAAAAGAAAAGUGCAGACUCAUCAGCAAGAUUACAGGAAAAGAAACGAAGGGAAGAAGUCAAAGCUAAAAUUCAAGAAAACCUUGCCAAACAGAUUCAUGAAGAAACGGAAAGAAAAAAAGAGCGGGACGAAAUAUUGCAAGAGCUUAUGCUUGAAGAGCAAAAGGAGGCUGCCGAUCAAAGAUUUAGAGAAGAUGUGGAGAAGCAAGUACGUUUGAAACUGGAAAUAAGGAAAUCUCUAGACGCUCAACUGAGAGAGAAAGAAGAAAAGAUAAAACAAGAAGCUGCUGAAGAUGCUAAAUACAAAGAACAGCUGCUUAAUAAACUAGCAGAGGAUGAAAAAAUAGAACAAAUGUCAGCGCAAAAACGAAGAAUGAAAAUGCUACAACUAAGAAGGGACGUUGAACAGAUGAUGACUGACAGACGGCAAAAGAGAGCUGAAGAAAUGCAGUUGAUGAUUCGAUUACAGGAGCAAGAAGAAAAAGAAAUGGAAGAUAGGAGGAAGAUAAUUGAAGAAGAAAGAAUUGUGCUGCUUAAGGACCAUGUUAAAAAUCUCAUUGGGUACUUACCUAAAGGACUGCUUAAACCUGAAGAUUUGCCAUAUAUUUGCGGUGACUAUUCCCAGUAUGCUGGAAAAUCUACCUAACGAACUACUACUUAUUAAUUUACGACUGGUUUUUAUGCACAAAGCUACAAAGUUGCAUUUUUUAUGUUUUGUAUUAAAAUCGCCUGUGAUGUUACUAUUUUAAAAUUAUUUAUUAAACAUUCUACUAUAUAUCA